CCUGGCUCACUAGGAGGAGAGACCUGGAGCAGAGGGGGAUAGCUGUGCUGUGCCACAGGGAGGGAGGGGGAAAUUAGAAGGCAUCAGCCCAUCCAUCUUCAGGUGGCAUCAGGCCUGUCUGGAGCCUCCUUUCAUCUGCUGCUUUAACAAAGUUCAAAUGCACUGGUUCGGAAGGAUUUCUCUUGGCUCAAGGCAAGAAAAGCACUUUUAGCUCUGUGCUUCUGCCUUCAAAGCAUGCCUCGGUGUGUCUGCCGGGCCAGCCGUGGUGACCUGCGCUGUGUCUGUUCGGGCUUCCUCAGCCGGGAAGAGAAAAGUCCCCUUUUGUCCGAGGGGCUCCCACAGCCCCUCUCUCAAAGGCGCGGCGAUGCACGAAGCUCUGCCUCCAUCUCCCGGGAGCUCUCCCUGGAGUCUCCGUCUGCCUGGACGUGGCCUGCCUGCAAACUCCUCUGCGCUGCGACGCGUGACGGCCCCGGGCCCCUUCCCCCUCUCCCCGCGGCUGCCUCGGGGCCCGCCCUGACCCCGGCCCGGCCCCCCGCUCGGCUCGGCUCGGCUCGCAGUGUGCCCGCCUCUGCCGGCCUGUGCGGACCUGCCGGGCCGCCCCGCCGGGCCGGGCACACCCAGGAGGGUGUGAGCGCAGCGGGAGCCGAGUGCUGGCACGCAUGGGCCCGGGAGAGCCCAGCCCCGCGCUCACCUGGCCCAGCUGCGGGAGCCCGACAGCCGCGGGGAGCAGGACACCUGACCUUGGCUCUGGGACAGUCUGCUGCUAUGGCAGACCCCCCUGCUUGCUGCUCUACCUGUGCCACCUGCCUGCUCUGCCCCUACAGCUGCCAGUGGAUCACUGCCAAGAAGGAGAAGAGGAAGGGCCUGAGAACCACCAAGUAUGACUGCAGCUGGUUCCUUUUCCUCUUCUUCGUCUUCCUCUUCACACUGGUGUGGCUCUACUUCGCUAUCAUCAUCCUCAAUGAUUUCCACAACUUCAAUGAAUUCAUCUUCAGGCAGAGGAAGGUGUGGCUGGACUGGUCCCUGGUCCUGCUCAUAGCUACAGCUGUGCUGAUCAGCUACUCGUCUGUGCUGCUGGUCCUUGCUUUGUUCUUGCAGCUCUGCGGCCAGCCCUUGAAGCUACACUGGGUGCACAAGGUCCUGCUGAUCCUGACUGCCCUGGUGGUGGCUGCAGCCUUCACAGGGCUGGGAAUAAAGUGGGCAGAGGAGUGGAAAAGCGCACGUAUCUCCCUGCAGGCAACAGGUCCCUUCCUGCACAUUGGAGCUGUGGGGGGAAUGACGCUCCUUGCCUGGCCCCUGGCCAGCUUCAUCUACCGCACCCGCAGUACAGGUCUCAGGGUGUUUGUGCUGCUUGUGUACUGUGCAGCAAUGAUUGCACUAUACCUGGCUCCCUUGGGAAUCACCUCCCCUUGCAUCAUGGAGGAGAACCAGCUGCCCCCCAAGCCAGCCCUAGUUGGCCAUCGAGGAGCACCCAUGCUGGCCCCCGAGAACACCCUCAUGUCACUGCACAAGGCAGUGGGCUGUGAUGUGCAAGUCUUUGAGACAGACGUCAUGGUGAGUGCUGAUGGGGUCCCCUUCCUCAUGCAUGAUGAGGAACUCACCAGGACCACCAACGUGCAGGCUGUGUUCCCUGAGAGGGCUGCCCUGAACAGCACUGCCUUCAACUGGACAGACCUGCAGCAGCUGGAUGCUGGCAGCUGGUUUCUGGAGCGGAGGCCAUUUCCCACUGUGCAGAGCCUUUCUCCUGGUGAUCGCCAGGAGGCAGCUGAACAGAGGAUCCCGUCCCUGGAACAGGCUCUGGAGGCAGCCAAGCACAGCAACAUCUCCAUCAUGUUUGACCUUCGGCCUGAGAACCACAGUGACUACCAGAACUUUGUCAAUGUCACCCUGGGAGUGAUUUUAGAGUCAGGCAUCCCGCUGCAGCAGGUCCUCUGGCUUCCAGAUGGGUUCAGGGAAGAUGUCAAACAGCAGGCCCCAGGUGUCCAGCACGUCUACGGCCGGAAGAGAGUCGAGAAUGAGAAGGAGCCAGUGCUGCACGUCAAUCUGCCCUACCAGGACAUGAGCUCUGAGGAGAUCAGGCAGUACCGCCAGGACAACAUCUCUGUCAACUUGUACGUGGUGAACCAGCCCUGGCUCUUCUCCGUGCUGUGGUGUUCAGGGGUGAGCUCUGUCACCACCAACGCCUGCCAGGUGCUGAAGGAGAUGAAACACCCCAUCUGGCUGCUGCCCAGCAGCACAUACUUCAUGAUCUGGAUCGUUGUAGACUGUGUUUCCUUCCUUAUCAUCAUCUGGGCCUUCGUCCUGAUGAAGAAAUGUUCCCACAGGAGACGGCCAGCGGAGUCUGAGACGGACGUGCUGCUCACAAAGAUCAACAGCUUGAUGCAAGAGUGACGCCUGUGUCAGCUGUGGGGAAGGGCAGCCAGAGCCCUGCACAGCUCAAGCACUCCUCAGGCCAGCUUCAGGGCUCCUUUCCUUCGAGACUCCUUCUACCGUGGCCUUCCUGGCUCCUUUUAUGGUGCACAGCUGCCCUCAGCUGAAAAGACUUGGAACUGAGUUCUCAUUGCCCACUGGCAGCGAGGAACUAAAGCUUUGCAGGGGUGGCCUAGGGGCAGAAUAUUUAUCCAGCAGUGCUGGAGCUGACACCUCUCCCUUGGGGUUUGAACAGGAGCGGGGAUUUGGGUCGCUGUUUGGUGCAGGGGAAGGGCUGUCUCUGCCUGUUGUCAGCAGCUCUGCAGCCAGGGAUGGGACACCUGGUUUAAGGGCUGUUCCCCUGGGGGCUGCCCUGUCCCAUGGCUUGAGGAAUAGGAAGGGGGAUGUGGAGUGGCUUUUCAAAAGACAGCAGGAAAGCUGAGCUCUUCACCUUCCCGUCCUGGACACAAAUCCUGUCCCUGCUGCUGCUGGCUUCAUCUUCACGGGACAGGCUCCUGGCACUCCCUGCAGCAGUUAAUGCCUGUUGCUCGGGGAAGAGAAGGAGCAGGGCUGGGGGUGGUGGGUGCCAGGGGCUGGCAGGACCGCGCUCACGCUCCUGCUGCUGCUCCAGGGCAGCAGAGGGAGCGGUGGGACUCGGCAUCGGUCACGUUGCAGCAGGGCCUUGAACAGGGAGAGGGGUACCGUGUCAGUUUGACUUGUUGCUGUCUAUUUAUGUCAAUAAAGCAGAGGAGCGGCAGACA